UCACUAGUAGUGAUAUUUAUAAUGCACGUGCACAGCUUCGACAACAAAAUCUAGCUGGUCGAACACCAAUUCAGGCGUUAGUAGAUGAACUUCAAGAAGGGAAUUUUUUAUAUGAGUAUAAAUGCGAUAAUGCUGGCUCUGUUACUCACUUGUUUUUUGCACAUAACGAAUCAAUCUCCCUUACCCGUCAAUAUUCUACAGUAAUUCUUAUGGAUUGUACCUAUAAAACUAAUAGAUUUAAAAUGCCUCUAUUAAAUAUUGUAGGUGAAGAGGAGAAAGAUUAUAAAUGGGCCCUAACACAGUUCAUAAGAAUAUUUGAUGGAGUACAGAAACCCGGCGUUAUUGUGACUGAUAGAGAGCUAGCACUUAUGAAUGCUCUUAGAUUGAUUUUUCCUAAUUCAAAAAAUCUACUUUGUGUGUGGCACAUUAGUAAAAAUGUCUUAAAAAAUUGUAAGCCACAAUUUCUAAAAGAAACGGAGAACAAAGAAAGUAGCGAAUGGGAAAGCUUUCUUACAAAGUGGAAUGAAAUAGUUCAAUCAGAAUUAGAAAGUGAAUUUGAUAUAAAGUGGAGAGAUUUUU